GAGAAGCAGCCCACUCUGCUGCUUGAUGCCAAGCACCCUUCCCACUUUACCUUCGACAUCUUCGUUCCCCUACGCGCGCGUGAUACCUCCUCCGCAAAAACACCACCCCGACAAAGAGCCCAGAUACAAAUAACCGGAGACAUAACAGCAAAAAUGAAGUGGGCAAUUAUCUACUGGCUCCUGCCUCUCGCCUGCGUGGCCCAAAUUCCCGUUGACCCGCUCCCUUACACACCCCUCGGGCCCAAUCCCACCCAGAAGGUGUUUCCCACCACGACCUGGUGCGCAACAGUAACGCCCACCGAGAUUCCUGGUAUAAAACCCAACGUAACCCUCUCAUGUACAACAUACGCCCCGGAACCGACAGUAUUUGCUCGAUUCAACCGCAUCCCGAGGGCUCGAGGCCAGGCACGAUGCUGGUACGAUAGCUACGUCGACAGGAUCGAGAUCGAAAAGCGCACGCUGAACAAUCAGGCCGAAAUUCUCAAGGGUGUCUACGAGUGCCAGGAUAGGUGCCAGCAGCCUCUCUCGAACGGCAAAGAGUGCAAGUAUGCCGUCUACGUCAAAGCAGGCCCUAGAUCGAAAGACCUUUGCUUGUUGGACAAUCUGGUUUACGAACCGUUAGCUGUUAAUUACCGUGGCCCGUUUGAUUCUUGGCUCUGUAUUGGCAGCGAGAAGAUGCUGCCCGAAAUUGAAGAUGCUCCAGAUACGAAUGAGGGGGAGAUAUAA